GCUACCUAUCUAAUAAUCAUCCAUCUCCAGCAUGUCUGCACCAGCCAGUAACGCAGCGGCAGCUGCUGCUUCGACAUCGAGGCUCACUCGAUUUAUGAACUCUGACGUUGGACCGAAAACAAUCUUCUUUUGGGCUCCAUUAGCGAAGUGGGGACUCGUGGCUGCCGGUGUCAAGGACUUGGGUCGACCCGCUGAGAAGCUAUCUGUAUCUCAGAACGUGGCUCUGAUGGCUACAGGUUUCAUAUGGGUCAGAUACAGUUUCGUCAUCACGCCCGUCAACUACUCGCUUGCCGCUGUCAACGCUUGUGUUGGCCUUACUGGACUCGGACAAUUGUACAGAAUCUGGGAUUGGAGAAGGAGCAACCCCGAGGCUGCCAAGCUCGCGGACGCAGCCCGUGCGACUUAGGGGUUCGAUUGUUAUACUGGGACAGGGAUGCAUGAAGAUGUAGCAAUGGGUAGGACUGA